AUGGCGGACGAUAUGGCGAGCCGUUACCAGGUGAUGGAGGAACUGGGAAGUGGAAGUUUCGGCGUCGUUUACAAGGCCAUUGACACACACACCGGAGAGAUUGUAGCGGUGAAGCAUGUACGCGCCACUUUUUCAUCCGAUGCCCCUCACACACAUCUAAUUGACCUUUUUUCCGCGUCGCAGAUUGAUCUCGAGUCCAGCGAAGAUGAUAUUCAGGAGAUUCAGCAAGAGAUUUCCGUCUUGGCCACCUGCGCUAGUGCCUAUGUUACACAAUACAAGGCGAGCUUCCUGAAGGGUCACAAACUUUGGAUUGUGAUGGAAUUCCUCGGUGGCGGAUCCUGUUUAGAUCUGUUAAAACCCGGGGUCUUCAACGAAGCGCAUGUGGCAAUCGUCUGCCGAGAGUUGCUACAGGGUCUCGACUAUCUUCACGCUGAAGGAAAGAUCCACCGAGAUGUCAAGGCGGCAAAUGUAUUGCUCUCUCAAACUGGAAAAGUCAAGCUGGCAGACUUUGGUGUGGCCGCUCAGCUGGUCAAUAUCAAAUCGCAGCGCAAUACAUUUGUCGGUACUCCAUUCUGGAUGGCGCCGGAAGUUAUUCAGCAGGCUGGAUAUGACUUCAAGGCCGAUAUCUGGUCCCUAGGUAUUACUGCGAUUGAGAUGAUCAACGGCGAACCACCUCAUGCUAGUACCCACCCGAUGAAGGUCCUUUUCCUCAUUCCGAAACAGCCUGCCCCGCGACUAGAGGGCAACGAAUACAGCAGCACCUUCAAGGACUUUAUCGCCCAAUGUCUGACCAAGGACCCCGAUCGUCGCCCUAGUGCAAAGGAGUUGUUGCGACAUAAGUUCAUUCGCGGCGCUGGAAAGCCCGAGUCCCUGCAGGAACUCAUUCAUCGCAAGCAAGACUGGGAUGGCGGCCGCGGAGUCACGAAGGACGUCAAAUACUACGCAGAGUCCCUUAACACAAUCACCAAGCCACCUACCCCAGAGGAAGACGACGACGAUUGGGUGUUCGACACUGUCAAGGCUCCAUCUAUGUGGGUGCCCAAGGGUACUGACUGGACCACGCUCGACGAGGAUGAAGACGAAAACGAGACCAACCCUGCUCGACUGAUGGAGGACUUGCAUAUCUCUCCUCCGCCCGUGCCACCCAAGCAUCAGCCUAAUUCCACAGUUCGACGAACCCCGGCUGCCGACCGAUCACCUUCAAUCCGCAGAGCCAACACCAAGCGGCGAUCCAGCGGUAUCAAGCAGCCUCUCGGUCUAGACUUGAGUUACGGGAACAGCCCGUCUACUGUUCGGCAAUUCCGCCGUGUAUCGGACCGAGUUCCCAGUGAAACACCAAAGGUGCCACCUGGCUUCGACGAGAACUCUAGUCCGAAAGUGGUCUCUGGGGAUUCCAGCAGCAAGGAAGCUCAGCUGGGACGCCGUGCAUACAGCCGUGCUGUUGGGCUUUCCUGUCAGGAAGUUCUCUCUACUACUGGCGACGGAGAGAAGCGUGAGGCCAUUUCCCGGCUGGCCGAGGCCUGGAGUGACUUGGAGAUGGUCGACCCUGAGGGACUCUAUCACAUCAUCCGCACCAUGAACGAGAAACUUCAGGCUGAUCCCCGCCUCAACUCCAUGAUCCCCACAUCCCCUCAACCUGACUCUCCUGGACGCCCCCGUCUCGUUCUAGCCCAGAACAACCCUCACCUCAAAAGCCACCGUCGCCGACAGUCGAGCGUGGCGGAACCGAAUCCUCCCUCGCCCCUCUCCAACAUGCCUGGCCAAAACGUCGCCGGCAUGGAACAUACCAAGCAACUGUCUGAUGUGCUCUACUCACGUUGGGCAGACGGACUUCGCAAUCGCUGGGGCAUCUAA